AUGAAGAAAUCGAUGCUACAUCUUUGUACAACAGGUACUGGAGAAGAGGACUUUGAGCUCAAUAAAGAUGAACCCGGGAUGAUGCUUUCAAGCAAAAAUCACAUUGGUGGUCUCGAAGGCACAGAAGACCACUCGGACGGGAAGGUCUUUGCUCUCACAAAAUCGCCAAGAUGUCCAGUAAAUACCAUCAAAGCGUAUUUAAGUCACCUAAAUCACGACAUUGCUGUGCUGUUCCAGCGACCAAGACAUCCUUCUUCCAGAUUCAACCCAAACAAAGCCAUAGUUUGGUAUGAGAAAAACGUACUCGGCCAUAACAUGCUCAACAACAUGAUGCGAAAUAUGUCACAAAGAGCUGGAAUAUCGCCUUACUAUACCAAUCAUUCGCUGCGAGCCACCACCGUUACUGUUUUAUCAUCCAACAACGUUGAAACACAAAAGAUUAAAGCUGUAACUGGUCACAGAAGCGAUACAAUUCUAAGCCAGUUUAAGCAGAUGUCAUCAACGCUGAGUUAG